GGCAGAGCGGAGCCGCGCCGAGUCCCGGCACUGCGCGUCCCGACGGCCGCAGCUCCGCGGCGCCAUGUCGCGGCUCAGCCCGCAGGAGGAGAACCUGCAGGGUUCCUGGGUUGAACUUCACUUCAGCAGCAAUGGGAAUGGCAAUGGAAACAGCGUGGCAGCGACCAGCCAAGAGCAAGUACCAGCUUCUAUCUCCAUUCACAAUGGUGACAUGGAGAAAAUACUCCUUGAUGCUCAGCAUGAGUCUGGAAGAAGCAGCUCCAGAGAAAGCUCUCAUUGUGACAGCCCUCCUCGUUCCCAGACACCUCUGGACAGUCACAGAGCUCUGGAAAUAGAGAGCCAUAGCAGUGGAGAAAAAAAUAGCUUUCAGUCCGAAGAGGACUUCCUUGAAAGGAGGAGAGAGGUAGAAAGGCUCCUGAAGAAAAAUGCAGACUGGAUAUGGGAUUGGUCCAGCAGGCCGGAGAACAUCCCCCCAAAGGAAUUCCUUUUCAAACACCCCAGACGCACAGCUACGCUCAGCAUGAGGAACACCAGCGUCAUGAAGAAAGGGGGGAUAUUUUCAGCAGAAUUUUUGAAGGUUUUCCUCCCAUCUCUGCUCCUCUCUCAUUUGCUUGCCAUUGGACUCGGGAUUUACAUUGGGAGGCGCCUCACAACCACAGCUUCGAGCAGUUCUUUCUGAAGGCACCUGACAUGGUUUAAAGCAAAGCAAACAUUCAGCUGGGAAUACAGGAGGUGGCCUGCAGGAACACCUACGCUAGCAAUGACUGCGAGAUCAGCGUGCACUCAUUCUGUAAAUGCUGUGUUCCUAGUUCAGUAAGAAUGGAAAAAGACACUAAAGCUAAUGUCUCAUACGUAGUCUGCUGGAGCAAUGCACAAUGCAUCUGAAUCAUGCUCUAGCAUCUGCUGCUUGCUUUGUAGUGAAGUAUCUUUGAAAGCUCAAAUAAAGUGGUGUUUAAAAACAAAAGCUUAGCUUUAGUUGAGUAUCUCGCUGAGUCACAGUUGCAAUAUUAAAAUGCUGUUUCUUCAUACAUCAUAGACCUGGAUGUUCAUCACUGCUCUGCAAUAGUGACGAUGAGGGCUUAGCCCAAAACAACGUGUGGCCUUAUGUAUCAUAGACAGCAAGUCAGAGUAAGCUUUCACCUCACUUGAAGCUGUUUCUUUUUAGAUUUUGCUCAGCUCUUUCACUUUUGUGUGAGAUGUGAAACAGUCACCUGGAAGAAAUUGCUCUACUGGUGAAACUUGCAUUCAUUUUUACUACUUCAGUGUGUGACACACAACAGCCUGACAUAGAAUUUGCACCUUGGUGCCUGAUAGUUUCUUCUGCAAAGGCAUUCAUUUAACUCCCCAGCUAAUUGGAACUCCUUCUGCUGUAUCUCACAGGCUGUUGCUUCUCAGUCUUUUUACCUGUAAAAUAAAUUUGCAUCUUCUAUUUGCCUCAUCUGUGUAUAAACAAAGGUCUGCUUGUUUGUUUGUACUAACGGAAUGCCUUUUCAUUCAGUAAUUUUAUCUUAUUUAAUGAGAAAAAAAAUGGAUGUUUGCCAAAUCAUGUUUUGUAUAUUUCAAUAAAACAGUUCCUCACAGA